ACACAAAAAUGACAGUGACAGCAAAUAAGAAAAUAAUGUUUUGGUUGGAUUUAGAUAAAAAAUGAUCUAUCUCGGUAAACUUACGUAUUCCAAGUAACACAACGUAAUACCGUACGUACAUACCCAAUUACAUACUUUAUAAAUUAUUCUUGUAACCAUGUUUCAGCCGAUUGAAAAUACUUUUCUUUACUUUGCUUAUGGAAGUAAUUUACUGAAAAAAAGGAUUCACAUUAACAAUCCUUCAGCAAAAUUCCUAGGAAUUGGUCAAUUGAAUGAUCACUUGCUUGAUUUUAUCAAAUAUUCUGAACACUGGAGAGGUACAUCAGCAACGAUAGUUCCUACACCCGGUGCGCACAUUUGGGGGGCUAUAUGGAGAUUGCAUAAUGAUGACAUGCCAGCUUUGGACAAGCAAGAAGGAGUUGAUACCAAUUGGUAUUUUGCUAAAACUGUGAAAGUUAUUCUACCGAAUGGAUCAUCUGUGGAUUGCCGAACAUACCAACAGACAAUCAAUCCUCCACAAAGAAAACCUGGUGAAGAACUGCCACUAGAUAGAAGACCCUGCAUAACAUACUUGGACUGCAUUAUUAAUGGUGCAAUCGAGUGCAACCUGCCAGAAGAUUACAUUAAUGAACUCAAGAAAAUUCCAAAUAAUGGACAAGAAGCCUCUCCUAAAAUGAUUGAGAAGCUCAACAGAAGUUCUUGAUUAUAGUUAAAAUAAAUUAUUUUCGAUGUUCUAAACUUAUAAUUGAAAAAAUAUAUCUAAAUAACAUAUACAAUUACACUGUGAUUACAAAAUGAAUAAUUUUAAACUUA